CCGCACGCGGGGCGGGCAGGGAAGUAGUCCCGGCCUGGCGCCGGGCCCCGCCCCGCAGGACGGAGGGACGCAGCACGCAGGGGUGGGGAAGCCGGAUCCGUGCGCGGGGUUGCUAAGGGUGAAACUUUUCAUUGACUUUGCUCACUUCGGGCCGGGGCGCGGGAAGGUGCGGCUCGUCGGCCGAGACCAGCCCAGCGGCUCGGGUGACGCGCGGGGCCGGAAGGGCAGGACCGCGCGUCGGCCACCUCCCGGAGCCGUCCUCCUCCGUCCCUCCCGCGCCUUCGCUGCCGCCGGCCGGCCCUCCGUCCGUGCUCCCCGCCGCCACCGCCGAGCCCGACCCCCAAGAAAAGCUCAAAGAAUUAUUAACAAUCCUAGUCCUCCCCACACACACUUCCUCCUUCGCCUCGUCCCCCGCCCGCCCCGCAAAAAAAAAAAAAAAAAAAAACGCAACGACGAUAAGGACAAGGACACAUCUGCUCCCGGACCCAGCGGACACUCAAGAAGGACCGCCGCCCCGCGCUCAGGACCACCCUGGAGGGAGCAGCCGCCCCGCUGCCGGCGAAGCCCGAAGCUAGCCGGAGCCCACAUCAGCCCACCUGCUGUCCUGUGGCCCUGCCUGUGGCCUGUGCGAGUGCCCUGAGCUCAUUGUCUCCUGGGAGGGGACCAUGCAGCUGGAGAUCAAGGUGGCCCUGAACUUCAUCAUUUCCUACCUGUACAACAAGUUGCCGCGCCGCCGGGCUGACCUGUUCGGGGAGGAGCUUGAGCGGCUUUUGAGAAGGAAGUAUGAAGGCCACUGGUACCCCGACAAGCCUCUGAGGGGCUCCGGCUUCCGCUGCGUCCACAUUGGGGAGGUGGUAGACCCUGUGGUGGAGCUGGCUGCCAAACGCAGUGGUCUCACAGUGGAGGACGUGCGGGCCAAUGUGCCUGAGGAGCUGAGUGUCUGGAUCGACCCUUUUGAGGUGUCCUAUCAGAUCGGGGAGAAGGGGAGCGUGAAGGUGCUGUACCUGGACGACAGUGAGUGCAGUGGUGCCCCAGAACUGGACAAGGAGAGCAAGAGCAGCUUCAACCCCGACGCUCAGGUGUUCGUGCCCAUCGGCAGCCAGGACAGCUCCCUGGCCAGCUCGCCGUCGCCGUCCUUCGGCCAGUCGCCCAGCCCCACCUUCAUUCCCCGCUCUGCCCAACCCAUCACCUUCACCACUGCCUCCUUCGCUGCUACCAAAUUCGGCUCCACCAAGAUGAAGAAGGGGGGUGGGGCCGCGGGGGGUGGGACAGGCAGUGGGGCCAGUGGCCAGCAGCCCCCACAGCCGCCACCACGCGCCGCCCGCUCGCCCACCAGCAGCCUGCUGAAGCAGAAGGGCUUGUCUCUGUCUGUGCAUUCACUGAACUUCAUCACAGCCGGCCCAGCCCCUCAGUCCCAGCUCUCUCCCAAUGCCAAGGAGUUUGUGUACAAUGGCGGCAGCAGCAGCAGCGGUGCCGCAGCUGGCCUCUUCCUGGGCGGGGCCGAGGCCCAGGGGAGUGGUGGGGCCGGCCCCUGCCACAGCAGCAGCUUUGAUGUGGCCCAGGUGUUUGGUGGGGGCACCAACAGCCUCUUUCUGGAGAAGACCCCUUUCGUGGAAGGCCUCAGCUACAACCUGAACACCAUGCAGUACCCGAGCCAGCCCUUCCAGCCCGUUGUGCUGGCCAACUGAUCCCCGACUCCCGCUCAGGGCCCGGGAACCCCAGACCAGGGAGAAGGGCAAGAAAAGGAAAGGCCAAAAAAAAGAGGAAAAGAAAAAUAUACAAAAAGAUUUCUAAUCUGCUCCCUCUCACCUCUAGAGGAGACGGAGCCCAGGGGUCUGAAGGGGUUCCCCUGGGUCCUGGCCUCCCACCCGCCUGUGGUCCUACCUGCCUCGGUUUAUGAGCUUGGUUUGGGGUUUGUAUUUUCCUUUUCCAUGUAGUGCUCUGGAUGCCAUCUUGAAUUACUGGUCCCUGUGCUAAGCGUGGCCCAGGGGAGAACUGCUCCCCCACCCUCCUCCGGCCCAGUGUGGCCAGGCUCACAGGGAGGAGGAGCCACGGCAGGCCUGACCCCUCUCUGCCCACAGCCCUUCCUCUGUCCCCCAGCUGGCCUCUCUCCAAGUCCCUACCCAGGCAGCUCUGACCCAAGCCCUCAGACCCUCGCAGCCGCAGCUGGGGCCAGCUGAUCCCUUCUCUGGAGCUAACCUGGGGCUGCGGGGAGGUUAGAGCCUCAGCCUUCUUGAAUUCUUUCAUCUCUAUGGCCCUGCUGCCCCUGCCAGGCUGAGGCCUCCUGGUGCCGAGGCCCCAGCCUCACCCUCAGGCAGCAGCCGCCUCUGGGCCUGCGGCCAAAGAUAGAGAGGUGAGGGUGUGUGUGUGUGUGUGUGUG